CGUUGAAGGAACUGUCCCUGCUGGUUUUGACUCUCCGAACAUUCCCUGAGUGUGAAGGUCUGUCUGUAUACAGCUGACUGCUUGUGGGGUAGUGCGCUGUAGAGGGAGUGUCGUGUGAGGCGACCAUUGCCUCCUGGAAUUUCACUCAUCAAUAUCCACUCAAUUCCUAUGAGAAUCUAUUUCCAUCUGUCAACGCAAUGGACCCGCAUAGUCAAUGGAUUUAAAUUCGCUGCUCUGACUUGACCGCUGUCGUCUAGGACGACUUCUCCGCAAGCAAGGAACGCCGCCCGCAAACGAGGAACGCCGUCUCUCCAGGCUGUAGCCUACGCCGUAGCCUACGCUGCAAGAAUGGGGACGGUGCUUUCCAUAUCUCCAACAUCUAAGAAGGAGGCUAUUCUGGAUGACAGAAAAGAGGGUGACCACGCAAUCAAAACGGGGAGCGUAAAGAACAAUUCCCUGCUUGUCCCAGUUCUCACAUUGAAGAAACUGUUUACCACAUCGACCAAGAAAAAUAGUUGUAAGCAAGUCAACCCAAACGCCGCACAGGUGAAUAACAGCCACGUAGACCAGCAAAAUAAUGAAAAUAACAAAAAAUCCCAGCAAUCGAGUACGGAUGGUAAGAAAGCACCACUCGCUGUACCAGUACCGGCCGUUCCUACCCAAAGCCUUGAACCUAACCAGCCCCAGGUCCCCUCUGAGAAUGUGAAGCUUUUGCCUGUCCAAAAGCAACCUAGUAAAGUAGACCUCUCGCCGAGGCGUGUGAUUAUCCAGGCAUCGACCGGGGAGCUGUUGCGCUGUCUUGGCGAAUUUAUGUGCAGGAGAUGCUGUAAAGUCAAGCUCACCUACAGUGAGGUCAUCCUAUGGUUCCGAAAUGUCGACCGAACCCUUCUCCUCCAAGGCUGGCAGGACCAGGGAUUCAUUACACCUGCUAACUUAGUCUUCGUCUACCUGCUCUGUAAGGAAUCGAUACCCGAUGAUAUCGACAGCGCAUCCGAACUCCAAGGUAUCUUCCUGCUCUGUCUCUAUCUAUCCUACUCGUACAUGGGCUGCGAGAUAUCAUACCCUCUGAAACCAUUCAUGAUUAUGGAAAAUGAGGAUAAUUUCUGGGAUUGUUCUAUGAGCAUCAUCAAUAACACGAGUGCCAAAAUGUUGCAGUUAAAUGCAGACCCGCACUUUUUCACGGAGGUGUUUCAAGAGCUAAAAGAUGAAGGCGAGUCGAGGGACAAAGACUUGGACCGUUAAAUCAAAGGAGAGCUCCGAUGUAUGUUUCUCAAAAGCCCUGAAAUAGUGGUUUGAAUGUAAUAUUCAACAGUUUAAGGCCUAUGCCUACGAGAUUAGGAAAAUCCAAUCUAAAGUGAAUAUACAUUUCUAAGACAUGCGUGUUGACUUGUACCAGUGAGUGUUAAAACUAAUUGUAUUGCGUAACCACGGAUCAGUAUAUGCAUGUUGUAUUCUGAAUGUAGGCCAAUCUUCUUUUGUACACUUCUGCGAAUACUGUAGGAUAGUCACGGGGACUCCGUGGAUCAAUGGAAUGUCUGCAAAUACACAUAUGUGGGUAAUCUGGACUACUUUUAUAAUUGCCUUGAUGUUCACUUAUGGAGUUAUGUUGUGGGCAAAGAAAAGCUGUAUUUUAUGCGUCGAGAGGUGGAGCUAUCCAAGGUACUGGCGUAGCCUUUACGCAUCGUAAACCUAUGCUAGCACUUAGGACAUUGAAGGGAAUGCACAAAGAAAGAUUCUUUAGCAUAAUUUGUGCCAAGUAUCACAAUAUUAAACACUGUGGUUUACAUCAUUAUUUAUUUGUAACUAUUAUACCAGAUUGUUUCCAUUUGAAAAAAUAUAUUUUAAUUAAAAAAAUAAUUGUUGCCAUUUUGUUGAUGUACUUGUUGAAGUGACAAAAAAAAAUCAGUUCUAAUGGUUUAUUAAUGUUAUUUACCCUAUUUGUGAACUCGUAAUGGUGCAAUAGUUACUGGUAAAAGCUGGUGGUUGUUUUCAGCAUUGUCGGUGCAUCUCUCCAAUCUACUGUUUAUCUGUGGCUCAGUGCUCUGCAUUGAAACAUUGGAGCCUGAAAGAAGGCCCUGGCAACAUCAUGUAAUUGUGUUUAUUUAAACUAGUGCAGCAUUCACUAACAGUAAAGCGUUUACGUUAUUUAGUGUCAUGGUAAUAUGCUAGUGCUUGAAGGAACUGGACUGUUACCCCUACUAAUUGGUUCAGAAGAUGGACUUUUCUUCGACAUCUGAUGAGCCACCAUGUUCACAGUUAGCUGAUCUGUUACUGUGGCUCAUUUGCAUAUGUUUAAUCAUACAUGGCUUUCACUUGCACAAUGUGAUUAUGUGCUCAGAGCAAUCAGGAACCACUCUGGUAUAGCACUUAUUUCUGGAGAGCUGUUCUCAAACAUAAUGUAACUUAAACAAUGCAAUGAUACACUAGUGAACUGUCAAUACUUGUCUAUGUUAUUGCUGUGGAAUUAAAGAACUUGAAGUACA